AUGAAAGCCAUCUCCUAUGAUGACUGUAAGGUCCAGCUCUUUGUAUCACACUUCUUCGGAGGGACGGAGGCCAUCCUUCUCAUUGUGAUGGCUUAUGACAAUUAUGUGGCCAUCUGCAAACCGCAGCACCAUUUGAUCAUCAUGAACAGGCAGAUUCUCUUCCCAUUCUGGCUGCCCUUCUAUGGUCCCAAUGUCAUUCAUCAUUUUCUCUGUGACAUGUACCCUGUGUUGGAACUCACCUUCACAGACACCUACGUCGUGGGCCUGUCAGUGGCUGCCAACGGUGGCCUGAUCUGCACUCUCUGUUUCCUCAUGUUGGUCAUCUCCUACGUGGUCAUCUUGAACUCCCUAAAAAGUUAUGGUUCAGAGGGAAGGCACAAAGCCCUCUCCACCUGUGGCUCUCACAUCAUGGUCGUCAUGCUGUUCUUCAUUCCCUGUAUCUUCACCUACAAGAGAUCUGCCUCCACCUUCCCCAUGGAUAAAGCAGUGGCAAUAUUCUAUGUUUUCAUUACUCCCAUGUUAAACACCUUGAUCUACACCAUGAGAAAUGUAGAGGUGAAAAAUGUCAUGAGGAAGUUAUGGAGCCAAAUAAUGACUUCAGGAGAGAAGUGA